UCUACCGGAUUAUCGCAGGGUCGGCGGACAUACAGAUUCCUUCCAUCACCGGGCUCAGAGUGAAGGAGUCUGGUCAGAUUGUUGCCCAGCACAAUAGACUGCGCAGCCGGGUCAGACCCAUGGCAGCUAACAUGCAAAAAAUGGAGUGGAAUGAGAAGUUGGCCGUACUUGCAAAGGAACAAGCUACGUUGUGUCACACAAACUCUCUCCUUCAACACACCUCAUCUUUCAGUCACAUUGGCUGGAACACUCAUCUCUCUGUUCAUGGUGUCGCUUCAUUUUCUGACAUCAUUGAUGCCUGGUUUGAGGAGGGGAAUGACUUUCUUUACUUAAGUAAACAAUGUAAAGAGAAUUCCACCUGUCAGCACUAUACACAGCUGGUCUGGGCUACUUCAAGUCAAGUGGGCUGUGCCAGCCAGCUGUGUCUUAGGGAUGGAAACCCCUGGGAGAUAUUUGUCUGUGCAUAUUACCCUGGGGGUAACUGGGAGGUGAAUGGUCAGCUAGUGAUGCCUUACAAGCCGGGGCUGUGCUGCUCUCUCUGCACUUCCUCCAUGUCUGGCUGUUUCAGACUAUGGGACCAUGUAGGUGGAUUAUGUGAAAUUCCCAAGAACCCAUGUCGUAUGAACUGCGGUCAACAUGGCCAUCUUAAUACUUCGUCUUGCAAGUGCAAGUGUGACCCAGGGUUCACUGGACGUUUCUGUCAGGUUCGAUGUGGCAUGCAGUGUGUUCAUGGUCGUUUUAAAGAAGAGGAAUGCGCUUGCUUGUGUGAUGUUGGCUAUGGUGGUGCUGGGUGUGUAGAGAAGGUCCAGUUUCCCUUUCACAGCUGUGACGUGACCAUAGAUGGAACUUGCUUUAUGCUGUCUUCAACAGCUGACACUUACUAUGGAGCCAAAAGCCGCUGUCAGGAAUUAGGGGGAACUCUAGCUCAGAUUCACAACCAGAAGGUUCAGGACAUCCUGGCAUUUUAUCUGAGUGAACUGGAUGCCAGCAAUGAAGUCACUAACAUCAACUUUGAAACAAGAAAUUUCUGGAUAGGUUUGACAUACAAGCCUCCAACAGAUUCAUUUCGCUGGGACACUGGAGAGUUCCCGCUAUUCAGCAGCUUUGCCUUUGGACAACCUGACAAUCAAGGCUUUGGAAACUGUGUGGAGCUGCAGGCACUUAGUGCUUUCAACUGGAAUGACCAACGCUGCAAAACGCAGAACCGAUACAUCUGCCAGCAUGCUGCAGAGCACAUUGCACAGUGGGAGGAUGGCAGAUGACCUGGCUUUCUAAAGGGAUGAAAUAGGUGUGCAGCACUUAACAUUUAACAUCUGAUAUAUUAAUGACCGUUGAUGCUUUGUCAUUUUCAUUGUAUAUAUUUUUAAUGUAUAUAGACCA